ACCAAUUGGAGACUAAGUACCUUGGUCUAUAGUAAUAUUCGGGUGAAAGUCGCCAUGAAACACCAAAUAGAGGCUAUUUUUAGGAUUUCAAGUCCGAUCGAUUGGAAACACAUCAUAAAAAUAUGACACGUGAACUUUAGAACUCGGAAAAGACUCGUGCGAUUAAUUUUAAUGAAGGGAAAUGAUGAACUAAAUCAAAUGAACAAGAUCGGCAGUUAGGAGAGACUAAAGCAAUUAAAAUGAGACCUUCAACAACAUUCGGGAUGUUGACCUCAGACACCAGUAGCGCAAACCAGCUCUAGUAUCGAUGCGACUAAUGGAGAUAAAGAUACUUGACAUUAAAGCAACAAUCACACACUGGACGACAAAUAUUUAAUUUGAUAUGAUAAUAUAUCUACUAUCUAAAUGUCACAUAACACUGAUUUACACAGAUAUUGAAACAUUCAAAGCCGUCUGAAUCAUGUGGCCGAAAAUUGAAGAUUUCUAAGGAUUACAAAUUAAAUGCAAUGCAGGGAUCCCUAAAAUUACCUGAGAUUGUGGUGAGUGAAAAAUUAGAUGAACCGACAAAAGAAAUUGAUUCUACAAAAGAUGUCACUAAUCUCCCCAUCUUGAAGUUAAAUAACAAUAAACUGGAUAAAAAUGCAGUUGUUGGUAGGAAGGUUAAAAAGAAACACCUUCUUAAACUACCAAAUAUACACGAUGACAAUCAUGACACUGAUGAAGAAGAGGAGGAUGAUGACGAAGAAGAUGCUGCGACAAAACCACACGAUAAACACGGAGAGGACAAAAGUCCGAAGAACCAAAGAGAUUCACAAAACGAUGGCACUGAACGACAUGUUAAAAGUGACAAUCAAAUGACUAAUAAAGUUAAAAAUGACAAGAAAGAAGAACAAAGGAAAGGUACAACAGACAAGAAUGAAUCAACCUUUCAUAAGCCCGAAAAUGACUUCAGAAAUGUAAAUCCGAGUUUGAUAAAGCGAGAGAUUGAGACCCCGCAAAGGGUCAGUAUUAUGUUUGAUCCCGCAGUUACUGUAGAAAGACUACCAAAGAAAAUCAAACGCAAAACGGAAAAAUGUGAACUAUGCGACGAGUACAUAUCGGAAAUAGAGCAAUUAAAAACAAGACUUCGCAAUAUACAGUACAAGUAUGAAAAGGUGGUCGACUCCAAAUCAAAGCUUGGCGAAUCUUUGCGAGAACAAGUCGAGGAAAACAAGACAUUGAACAAGCUUAGUGUGGACCAAAACAGACAAAUUAAUCUAUUCACAAAACGUUUGAAAGACGCCCAGGAUAAAUUAGCUGAAUCUGAAGAAACGGUCAAAACACUAACAGACGAAAACAAAAAUAUAAAAAAUAACAAUGAGGACAUCCAGCAAUCUCGGAAAAAUUACGAAACUAAAAUCAGCGCCCUUAACCACGACAUUCAAGACUAUAAAGCUAAGAUAUCCGACGGAUUAUUCAAACUGAAAGUGGUAUCUGAAUCCAAGUCAAAUACACAACGUGAGCUGGCCCAAAUGAAAGAUUGGUACGAAACACUUAACUCCAAAUACACAAAACUGAAAGACGACCACUUCAAAUGUUCCAAAAUUAAGGAUGACUACGCCAAACUGUAUAAAGAACUUGGUAGGAAAAAUUUUGAAAUUCAAUGUUUAUUAGCCCGGACUAAAAGUGGGAAAACCCCCAACAGUGUAGGGGCCCUACCCCCAGCACCAAUCAUGAACUCUGGUUCAACAUUCUUUGCGUCUCCUAUGACCCGUACAAAUACAAACCGUGCAAUACUACAGGGUUCUUCCCCUAAUAUUAUCUUCACUGGUACUACAGCGACAUCUAUACCAGGGCCAGGUAUCGUGCGUAUGUUAAAGGACUCAAACAAACUCUAUAAAUCCUUAGCCUCAAGGUCUCAACAACCGGACCGGGUUGUUGUAUUUGUACCUGCACCUGAUUUCUUCCCAGUUGAGGACUGCUCUUUACUUGUCUGCUUGAACUUCUGA